CCUUCCUUUGGCGGAUGCGAAUUCGGGGCGAGCAGGCAGAAAGGGCUUGGUCGGGUGUCACCGGUCCAUCCGUGCCCCUGGAGCGCAGACGAGCUGGCUGACGACGCCGCCGCCGCCGGAGCCCCGCGGACGAGCCUCCCCCUCGGCGAUGCUGCCCUGAGAGCGCAACGAGUACCCGCCCUGCGAAAAUGUCUGAUGUUCACAAGACUGUUCAGAAAUGGCACGCCAGUUUUAAGAAAGGCACAGACUUUGACUCGUGGGGACAAUUAGUGGAGGCAAUAGAUGAGUACCAAAUUCUAGCGAGACAGCUGCAGAAAGAGGCGCAGUCAACAAACGCACCAGACUUCACAGAGGAGCAGAAGAAAACUUUAGGAAAAAUUGCAACAUGCCUGGAAAUGCGAAGUGCCAGUUUGCAGUGCACACAGUCAAAGGAAGAGUUCAAGUUAGAGGAGCUGAAGGAACUGGAACCCAUUAUUAAAAACAUACAGACCUUCAACAAAGAAUUUCCAUUUGAUGUCCAGCCAGUGCCCUUAAGAAAAAUACUCGCUCCAGGAGAAGAGGAGAACCUGGAGGUGGAGGAGGAGGAUGCAGCAGCAGGAGGGGGCGCGGCCGAGGCCUUCCCCCCGCGAGCCCCCGCCUCGCAAGGUACCCUGUUGCCACGGUUACCAUCAGAGCCCGGGAUGACGCUGCUUACGAUAAAGAUUGAAAAAAUUGGACUGAAGGACGCGGGGCAGUGCAUCGACCCCUACAUGACUAUCAGUGUCAAAGAUUUAAACGGCGUGGAUUUGAACCCGGUGCAGGACACGCCUGUUGCCACCAGGAAGGAGGACACCUACAUUCACUUCAAUGUGGAUGUGGAGAUCCAGAGACAUUUGGAGAAACUACCAAAAGGAGCAGCUAUCUUCUUUGAAUUCAAACACUACAAACCCAAAAAGAGAUUCACCAGCACAAAAUGUUUUGCCUUUUUGGAGAUGGAUGAGAUCAAGCCGGGGCCCAUUGUAAUCGAACUGUACAAAAAGCCCACGGACUUCAAAAGGAAGAAACUGCAGCUUCUCACAAAGAAACCGCUCUAUCUCCACCUUCACCAGACAUUACAAAAGGACAGCUAAGUCUGAGCACGCCCUGAACUUUUAACCCCUGCCUCGCCCCGAUCAGAUGCAGCAGUACUAAAUCGAGGUCACUUUCAUUUUUCUAUGUUUUUGUAUGUCAGUGAUGAACUGAGACGCUUAAACCACCUCAUUUUCAGUCUUCCGUAGCUCACGGUCCGAGCAUGUGGGACACGACGUGAGCUUCUGCAGGUGCUCAAUAGGAGUUUAUGGAGUGUGACUUUUCACGUCGGGGCCGUUUGUAUUGACGGUGAAUUCAGCCGAACACAGUAGCAGCUACUGACUGUACACAACAUUGUGGCAGGUUGUGGGCAGUAACACAGAGAGGUGCAGGUCGAUCCAUCAGGACGCGAAGGUGCAUUUUCUAAUGCUGUGACAGUUCUGAAGUGUUUAUGGAGUCAGUAUUUUGUAGUGUUAAAUUAUAAUCAAAUAAUAAAUGAAUUAAUUAUAGACUGGUUAAUCAUAUUUUAUUUGAAUCACGAUCUAUAAAAAUAUAAGCUAAUGUUUAUAUAUUCACCAUUUAAUAAUUAAGUUCUAUAUUCACUCUGUGAUGCAUUUAAUUAUAAAAUGGUAACAUACAUUUGCAAAAGGCCUCUAAAUGGUACAUUUGUCACUUUCUCACAUUGUCCCAUUGUUUAUUUUUGUGCUCUUUUUUUGGUGUUUAUUGCUUUUUGCCACUUGGCCAGAAAGCACAAGGUGUGAACAUGUAUUUUUCAAGGUUGAUAUAAAGAGAGGUUGUGUUUAAAGCCUACGUUUAGGCUCAGCUUUGGUCUCCACGUGGGAUCCGACCCCCUUAGCUGCUAACUGCUGAUGCUAGAGCUCCACUGUGUUCCAUAUAGUCACUAACCACAGCAACACAUUAAAGAAGAGUGCAAAACCAUUAACAAGACAGUUUCAACCAUUCAAGGUGUGAAACUAAAAUCAUAAAUCUGAGCUGUGGAGGAGGUAAUAAUUGUUUGGUUGAUCUCUAUGACUGAACUUAGUGUGACAUCCAGUCACCCGACACAUUAAUAUAGUACUUAUCAGUAAGUUAAUGAAAAAACAAGUGGAUCUUUACCAGCAGACAAACAGAUGUGAUAUUAAUCUACCUUGAAUUUUAUGGUCUCCUUUUUUUUAAAGUUGCAAAGACUUUCUUCAUUAAAACAUCCAGAUUGUA